AUAAAACUAAAACACAAUAAAACAUUAUAAUUUAGGAUUAAAACAGGACAAAAUAAGAAUGCAAUAUUUUUUAGUUAUAUAGUUGAAAUUUGUCGUAGAUAACAUAAUCAAAUUCACACUCAACUUAACAUAAAUGAAAAUUUACAAGAAAUAACAUCUUUAAUAAAAACUGAUCUAUCAAAUCCCGCCCGUAUGACGGACCUACCCUAGUAUAUAAAUAUAGAAUCCAAUCACACACCCUUAAUUUUUGUCAACAUCUUAAUAGCAAAACGAUAUGUUACUAUAUAAGACAAACCCAAUCCCUCACUAUAAAUACUCAGUAACACAUCUCAACAUUCUACAUACUCAGUUCAUACUUGCUACAAUUUCCUAACUUUGUUUGAUAAAAAUUCCAAAGACCCAACCCAAAUAUGGCUUGCAAAUUUCUUUGCCACCUAAUCACCUUCGCCAUCAUCACCUUCGUCGUCCAAGGAUUAUGUGGACUUGAUAACGUUACUCUGAAACAAUCCAAGUCCGGAAUGGUUCAGAACAAACCAGUGUGGAAAGUGACAUUGAUGAACCCAUGUAGAUGCCCACUCACUAACCUAAAGUUGUCGUGCACUGGUUUCCAAUCGGUUGUACCCGUUGAUACGUUGACAAAAACUGGCGAUGUGUGUCUUCUCAAAAAAGAUAUACUUGGAACCUUCGUUUUCACAUACGUAUGGGACACUAGCUUCGAGCUCAAGGUCAUUAGUGGGACUAUUAAGUUCAAGGUCGUUAAUGGGACGAUCACUGGUUGUACAUGAAGCUUUCUAGCCCAACUGUUUUCGAGUUAAUUUGAACUUGGUUCAUGUUGAUUUAGUUUAUUUUGAGCGUAUGAAAAUGAUGAUAUUUACUCAAAUAUUUUCGAAAUCUUAAUAUAAAUAAAAAAAUCUAAUCUAUUUAAACAGAAUUAUUUUAUAA